AAAUAAUGUAACUCUUUUGUUUUUGCGAACAUCUUUCUUUCUCUCAACACAUACAACAAAGAUACAAUCUACUCUUUCAGCUACCAGGAUACUUGCCCUGUCAAAAGAAGCUAACGGGGGAAAAAGGGGACCUCUUUCUAGAAUACAAACUUGCCACAUCAGCAUGGACCUUGAUGAUGCCAAUUGACCUCCCCUUCUGUUUGUCAUGGAGCCUAACCCAAACGACCUCAGUGACCCCUACAAACCUGACCCGUACGAUGACGACCCCCCAGAUCUGGAGUGUGCUAUCUGUUUUGAUCAGUUCAACAAUGUCUUCAACACUCCUAAGAUACUCCAAUGCAAGCACACUUUCUGUCUGGAGUGUCUCGCCCGAAUGAACGUGAAGUCCGCCCAACCUGACACCAUCCAGUGUCCGCUGUGCCGAGCGUACACCCCGUUACCCGUCCUGGGUCUUCCCAAGCUCGCAAAUAACUCUGAGGUGCUGUCUUACCUCCCAAAUGCGAUGCAGCAUGUGUACAGCAUCCGCUUUAACCGAAAUAAAGGCAAACUGCAGGUUAAGAGAGUGCCUAGUUCUGCACCGGCCAUAACACAGACCAUCAGCCAAAGUCUGGAUGUUGGGACCCCAGGAAAUGAAGCUAGACCACAGGGGAUGGGCAGAGAAAAUGGUAGAGAAAGGUCUUUAUUAGCCACGGUACUGCGGAUGCCCUUGUGCAGAGCUUUCAUCAUGUGCUCAGUAGCAAUUCUGACAGUCAGUCUCAUCAUUGUCAUUAUCAUCCUAAUCGAAUGAAUCAUAAAGGAUAAAAUGUACAACCUAUGUCUAUGGACUAAUGAGGUCUAUAAUUCCUGGAGAAAGUUAUUCAUUAGUAAUACCAUUCAUCUCAGUAGCAGUUGUUUAUAUAGUGCAGGAACCCCCAGAUGUACAUGUAUGCCUAUAGGGGCACAGUUCUGCAACCAAGUUUAUUUUUAGCCAAUCACUUGAGCUGUAAAUGCUAUGUGACUAAUGGUGCGUUCAAGUCAUGUCGAAAUUAUUGUAUUGUAUUUACAAGUUGAACACACAUGAACCAUACCACAAAGUUGUAAUUACCAGUGGGAAACUCAGACAUUUCUUUGAGCCCAAACUUUGGAAGGCAUGUCAGUUAAUGCAUGUUAGUGCGUUUUUGUACUGUUAAUAAAGAAUAGCGAUAGCCCUUGCUAGAAAAUACGAAUAAUUUAGCUGGCUUUUGAGGUGACAGGCAUGUGCAAACUGUACAAAAUUACAUUUCUUUUCAUUAUAUGUGCUGGCAAAAGAAUGAUAAAAAAAUUAUAAUUGCACACCUAAUGUGCGGCUUUGCUCUUCAUUUAGUUGCAGUGGUGCUAAAAAAGCAUCUCGUCUUUGUCAGUAACCGAAAAAGAAAUAUGAAAUAGCAAAACUGGUACAUUCUUUCAGUCUAAAAUCACUUGAACACACAUUUCGUAGGUACGAACUUCAAGGCAUAAUGACGUUAUGACAAUGCUGACUGGCUGAUGAGACAUGAGGAACACAUUCAGUCCCAAGUCCUCCAUUAGCUUUAAAGGCAACAUAAAACAAAAUAUAUUAAUGCCAUGCUUUAAAGAGCUAGCCAAUAAUCUGCACUAGUAAAACAUCUACUACAUAUGCUAACUAAUAUUAGCAUUUAUAUGUUGCUUGCAAAGAAAAAUGGCAAAUGUUGAAAAACUAUCAAUUAAGAACAAUGUUUUUUGCUGCCUUGUGAUGUAGGGUGUAGUUACAUCAUCUACCAGCAGGGGCUACCUAGGCCUUGCUAACCAGUCAAGAAGCCCUUAUCCCUUGCUAUGGAUAGCCUUUGUUGAAUGCAUACAUCCAGGAAUACAUCCAAAGUUACAAAACAAUCCAUUUGGUGGCUCAUAUGGUGCAGAAUUUAUGAAAGGUUAUGCCCCCUUCCAAUACUGCAACUUAAAGGUGGACUCAGUAAUUCUUUUUUCUCAUUAAAAAAGGUAAGAAAUGUAUAGCAAAUUUAAAACAUAUGUAUAAAUGACCAUUCAUAGGAGAGGGUCCCCUGAUGGAGGUCGCCAUCUUAGGAUCACAUGACCAGCUGAAUACUGCUAGCUUAAUCUCAGUAACCGCUCUGUUAUUGGACAUUUUCUCUUGUGGAUUAAAUUAAUCAUGGCUGACUGUUAAUAGAGAAUUUAUAUGAUGGCACUGGUAACUGAAAACGUUUGCGUUUGAAUGAUGCUGCA